GUUUAGCUUGCCUUUAAAUAUAGAGUGUCAUGCAAACAGCUCUCUCACAGCUUGUGACAUACAGUAAUACUGAUCGGAGAUCGUAAUAGUAUAUCGGUGCAUACCUUGCUCACAUCACAAUGCUUACUAAAUUCUUGCAUGGCCCCUCGUUCAUUAGCGGUGCUGCACGCGGUAUCGGAAAGGCCACUGCCUUUGCGUUUGCGAAAUAUGGAAGCCCCCAAGUUGCCAUCGCUGAUGUUGAUACGGCCACGUUAAAGCAGACGGCUAAAGAGUUGAAGGAUCUAUACCCGAACGUUGAGAUUUUGCCAAUUGAAUUUGAUGCAGCGAAUGCAGACUCGACCAUCAAGGCUAUUGAAACCGCCUAUUCAAAAUUUGGGCGAAUCGACCAUGCGGUGAACAAUGUCGGCACUCCAGGCCCCUUGGCCCCCAGCAUAUCCGUCUCAACGAGCGAUUUCAAGAACCUCAUUGAUAUCAACUUGACAAGCAUGUGGAUUGCACAAAGAGAACAGAUCAAAAUCAUGCUUAAACAAGAACCUGUUCAGCAAGAGUUCGGUAAGGUUCGAGGUACAAUUGUAAACAUGUCGUCUGUUUGGGGCGGGUUCGGCACAAGAGAUUUUCCAGCAGGAACAGCCUAUUCUACAACUAAGCAUGGCAUUAGAGGCCUAACAAAAAGCGAUGCGAACCAAUAUGCCUCAGAAGGCAUACGAAUAAAUGCGAUUUGCCCGGGCUACACGUUCACAACCAUUGACAUAGGAAACGAGGGUCCAGAACUGCAAUACAUCCUAGACCAGGCAAUGCACCGAACAGCAAUGAAAAGAUUUGCCCAGCCUGAGGAAAUCGCCAAUGGAAUUACGUAUCUAAGUUCUUGGAUGAGCUCGUACAUGAGUGGCGAGGCCAUGUUGGUCGAUGGUGGAUUUUCUUCUUAAAUGGCCUUUUAUUUAAAUGUGUUUGUAGAAAAUGCUCAAUCACCGCUCACCUGGGCAUGCUGCUUUAAGGAAUAGGAAGGAAUUCUCUACGGUGAGCGAGUGACUGCGGCGCGCCACCCGAGCCGAUAAACGGGAUGAAGAAGAGGACUGCAGUGAUGAAUGAGAGCAUCAUUUCUUGGCGUUUAGCCUUCUUGAUCUCUUAUACUUAUUAAUAUCUAGUAGAAACUUGUCAAAUACACACUUUUUCAA